CAAAAUCAAAUAAUUUUUGAAGUUCCAACCCAAAACCCCUUCACAUUUGUGGCAAGGUAACUACCAAUACAAUACAUAAAACAGAAUCCCAUUUUGACGCAGUUCUAGGCUUGGCGGUAAUUCAAUUCAACCCGCUAAAAGCAAAAGCCACUCUGUAUGUUACUGUGUCAGACACAAUCGGCAAUAAGGUUUGGAAGCUCCAAUGAAACCCCCCAACCCUCAUCAAACUCAGUCCUAAUCGACUACUCCAUUCUCCUGCCACCCAAUCACAUUGAUUCCGCCUCUCACUCUCUUCCCUGCGUCACACCUUCCCACCUCUUCAGAUUUUUUGUUUACGAGAUUCCUCUCCACCCACCCACCCACCCACCCACAGGUCUGUGUAUGCUUGGUAAUUUAAAUACAAAAACUGGGUUUUACCCUCAAUUCCGGAAACUACUUCUAUGACAUUCACGAAAGUUUAUACUUUUUCUGCUGGGUGAAGCAAGUUAAAAUGGGUCAGAUAUGUUAUAGGUUUAACAUCAACUCACAGAUUGUUUAUUAAAAUAUAUAUUAUAUAUCUGCAGCGAGAAUCGACCUUCCAAGCAUAGUUUCCCGUUUUUUAAUUUUUCCUUUUCCUACUCGACCUUUGUUCUAUCGCGUUUUCAGAUAGAGAAAUGGUGAUUUCUUUUUGAGAUUAUAAAUUUGAUAAAACUGGGUUUUCAGUGUGAAAAGCGGACAGUUGGGGCUUUCAAAUUGAGGAAUUAGGGUUUCGAGCGGAUAAUUUCGCUAGGGUUUUGUUACAGGAAAUUCAGCCAGGUCCAAAUUCUGGUUUAUUUCGGGUGGAUAUUUCUACUUGGCCUUUAUGUGAUUAAAGGUUGUUUGGUGGAAUUCUAGGGUUUUUAAGUGUGGGGGUGGGUUCAAUGGGGAGCACUGGUGAGGCUGGCCAAAAACGGCGUCACUUUAGCUCCAUAUCUCCCACUGCUGUUGCCGCAAAGAAGCAAUCCCUCUUGCCAAUUUCUGAGGAGAAGAAGCUUGAUACUGCAAUUCUGCAAUUUCAGAAUCAAAAGCUUCUACAAAAGUUAGAGGCUCAAAAGGUCGAGUAUUCUGCUCUUGAGGACAAGUUCAUUGAACUGAAGGAGAAACAAAAGUCAUAUGAUUCCACAUUGAAAGUGGUGAAUAAAUGUUGGGAAGCACUAAUUACUGACUUGGAAUCACAUUCCACCAACACAAGAGAGUCUAUCAGACAAGUUGUUGGACGUGCAGCCAAUACAGGUGUCAUAUAUAUAUGUGUUUAUGUAUGUAUAUAUAUAUAUAGAGAGAGAGAGAGACUUGCUUUGCAAUUAUACUUGCUGAGAAGGCUUUUGUGGCACCAUGUAGAUGAGGCUCCUUCUCCUACUGAGGAUGCUUUUCUUAGCCGACUUAUGGAAACAGGUGCAACUGAAAGUUCCUUUUCAGAUAAUCUCGAGCAGAUUAAAGAAGAUCAAGAACAGGCUGCUUCUGAAAAGACUAGGAACAUUUUACACAAUAUAGUAGUUUCCAUUAAUGAUUUAUGGUGCAUGAAGGAAGGACUAUAUGCUGCAGUUCGGAAAGAGCAUCCAGACUAUGGUUCUUGCAGGCAGAAAACAUCUAUAGAACUAGAAUCAGACGUUAAGAAUCUGAGAUUAGCAAUAGGUGAUAUUCAUUUGAAACAUAGAUCUAUGGUGAGAGUAUUGCAGAACCAUAGCGAUAUUGAUGCAAAGAAUAAAGCUGAGCUUAAACGACUAAAAGGUGAAUUGGAGAAUGCAGCAGUGGAACUGAAGGAAACUAAUUGCGAAUUGGCAGCUCUUAAAGCAGAAAGAGAUGCAACAAAAGGGGCCUUUUUUCCUGUCUUAAACCUCGGUAGUAAGCAGGUUGUUGGUGAUAAAGCCAAAGAUAAGCAUAGAGAUCUGCAAGAAAUGGAAUCUGCCCUCAAAGAGCUGAUGGAACAAGCUUCUUCCCGACUAAUCAAAUUAAAAGAGCUUCAUGUAGAAAGGAUAGAGAUAUUGCAGAAGUUGUCAAAUUUGCAGAACUCAUUAAAAAGCACGAAGGGUAUUUCUUCUUCCCCAGUUUACCUUUCGAUGAUAGAUCAACUAGAAAAGUCAAAGUCAGAAGUUCUCCAUUAUCAAGAUUUAUUUGAGAAACUACAGGCUGAGAAAGAUAACUUGGCUUGGAGAGAAAAGGAGUUGACUAUAAAAAAUGAUAUAGCUGAUGUUUUGCGGAGAUUAUUGGCAAUUGCUGAUUCUAAAGCUUCUCAUCUGGAGGCAGAGAUACAACAGAAAUUUGAUGAAAUAAAGGGAAUUAAAGUUAAGCUUGAAGAGGCAUCUAGAGAACCAGGAAGAAAGGAAAUAGUUGCAGAUUUUAAAAGCUUGCUUUCUUCGUUUCCCGAGGCAAUGAGUUCGAUGCAGAGUCAAUUAGGUAAUUACAAAGAGGCUGCUGUGGAUAUUCAUUCUCUUCAGGCUGAUGUGCAAUCUCUUUCCAGUAUUUCUGAUAUGAAGAUGAAAGAGUGUGAAAAUUUAUCCAUCAGAUCUGCCGACCAAGUUGCUGAGAUACAUAAGUUGCAAGCCAUGGUGCAAGAUUUGAAAAAAGGUGAUGCAGAGUUGAAAUUGAUAUUGGAGAUGCAUAGACGUGAAUUGACUGAUUUGAGAGAUGUUUUGGAAGUGAGAGAUUCAGAAUACAAGGCAUGGGCCCGUGUUCAAAGUUUGAAAUCCUGUCUCGAUGAGCAAAAUUUGGAGUUGCGUGUUAAGAAAGCUAAUGAAGCUGAAGCGAUAUCCCAGCAAAGGUUGGCUGCUGCAGAAGCUGAAAUUGCUGACUUGCGACAGAAAUUGGAGGCUUCCAAGAGGAAUAAGGCUAGGCUGUCUGAUACUUUGAAAUCCAAAAAUGAGGAAAAUGAAGCUUACUUAUCUGAAUUAGAGUCAAUUGGACAAGCAUAUGAUGACAUGCAGACGCAAAACCAGCAGUUACUGCUGCAAGUUACGGAGAGAGAUGACUAUAACAUCAAGCUUGUUUUGGAACGUGCGAAGGCAAAGCAGCUGCAAGAUGCUCUCCUCUUGGAGCAGCAUACCAUGGAAAAGGAGAUUCAACAAUCCAGUGCAUCCCUCAACUUCUAUGAGAUGAAAGCUGCAAAAAUUGAGGAUCAGCUGAGGUUCUGGUCAGACCAGGUUCAGAAACUUGAAGAAGAAAAAACUCAAAAGUCAGUUUGGUUAGAAAGUACACAAAAACUAUUGUCAGAUGUGAGAAAAUCAUCUCAUCAAGCAAGGGAGUCACUGGAGGAGUCUCAAUCUAAAAUUGAGAAAAGUCAAGUGGCAUUGGCGGACUUGCAGAUAGAAUUAGAGAAGGAAAGGUUUAGCAAGAAAAGAAUUGAGGAGGAAUUGGAAGUGGCGAGAAGGAAGGUGUCACGGCUUCAAACUGAGAUGGAAGGAUCAUCAACUGUGGAAAGGCUUCAACAAGAACUUAGAGAGUACAAGGAAAUACUGAAGUGUGGUAUCUGUCUUGACAGACCGAAAGAGGUUGUUAUUACAAAAUGCUACCACCUCUUUUGCAAUCCUUGUGUUCAAAAAAAUAUUACUGAAAGUCGUCAGCGCAAGUGUCCAGUGUGUGCUGCUAGCUUUGGUGCUAAUGAUGUUAAACCUAUUUAUAUCUGAGAUUGGAACUCUCAUCAAUGCAAUUUGGCAACACAAGGACACUCACAGGUUCCCAUGUAUUCUUCUUCUAUUAGAGAUUUGUUAGAAAAGAAUCUUGACUUGAACUAGAGGGUUCCUGCUCAUUUUGGUUAGUGCAAAUCCCAACAGGUUUUCUUGUUUGGCUCCAAGUUGUUGAUUUUACUUGGUAAUUUUAUUGUAUUUGCGUUGUUUGCCUGUUCAUUUAAGUGCUUGGAGCCAAUAUUUGCAGACUAGUCACUCAGAAUCGAUCAAAUUCAAUAAUCCAAGGAAUUCUUUUCCCCGCUGAAAUAAUAUGGAGUUUUUAUUUAAAA